AUGACGCGAAUCUUUCUCACAGGUGCCUCGGGCUACAUCGGCGGAGAUAUUCUGCAUCUCAUAAAGUCAACACACCCUGAGUAUGCUUGCAGCACCUUGGUUCGUGACAGCGCGAAAGCAGCUGCCAUAUCGAAGGAAUACCCCAAUGUGCGUGUCGUCCUAGGUGAUCUUGACUCGGCAGCCCUGCUAGAGCAAGAAGCUAGUCAAGCGGACGUGGUUAUCCAUGCUGCCAGCUCUAAUCAUAUCAAAAGCGUCGAGGCCAUCGCUCGUGGAAAACCAGCCUACUGGAUUCAGGUAUCGGGCGCAAGCAUUCUCUCCAUCUCCGACAUUGUCAACGGUACAUAUGGGGAAGGGACCGACAAGACUUUCAGCGAUCUCGAUGGCGCUGACGAGGUCCGCGAGAUUAUCCAUCAGAACUCCGCCACACGAGCCGUCGACGACUUUAUCCUCAACCUCACCAGCCCCAAAACAGCACUGGUGUUCCCUCCAAUAAUAUACGGCCAAGGCAGGGGUCCCACCAAGCAGCGAAGCGUGCAGAUUCCCGAACUCGCGCGAGUUGCAGCCCAGACACGCGCAUCAGUGCGGGUUGGACGUGGAGAGGCUACGUGGAGUAACGUGCACAUAUCUGAUAUCAGUGGCAUGUUUUUGAAGCUGGUUGAGCGAGCGGCUGCUUGUGAUGGAGAUGGCGAUUUGUGGAAUAAGAAUGGAUUAUACUUUCCCGGUAUUGACGCGAUGAAUUUCAAAGACCUUGCACAGAUCAUUGCAGACGAGGCAUACAAGCUUGCAUUGACUGAUUCUGCAACGGUCAAGGAGAUCAGUCAUGAAGAGGCGGAUGCCCUGUCAGGACAUGCGGGGAUUCUCUGGGGUACCAACGCCGUGCAGAACUCCCAACGGGCUCGUUUGUUGCUGGGUUGGACCCCAAGUGGAAGAUCAUUACAAGAAGAGAUUCCUGUCACUCUUCGCCUGGAGGCGAUUCGACUAGGGCUGCUCUGA